AUGAUCGUCAACGGUGCAUCCGACACUGUUUUAUGCCGUUGUUUUCCAAAUUAUUUAGACGGCCCUGCACUUGAUUGGUUGUGUGCUUUGCCUGCAGGUUCUGUUUCGCGAUUUCAACAACUGACCAAGCUGUUUGAAGAGCACUUCACCGGAUCCGCAAUAUAUCUGCAUGACUCUGACUAUCUGAACACUAUCAAGCAAGGGCAGAAUGAAAGCCUGAAAGACUAUAUGACUCGCUUCACCAAAAUCGCCAUCAGUAUACCUGAUCUCCAUCCAGAAGUCCAUUUGCACGCAAUCAAAAGCGGCCUCCGACCUGGAAAGUUCCAAGAAACCAUUUUUAACACUAAGCGAGAGGAUAUCAUCAAAGAGAUUCUACAUUCAAAACUCAUCAAACCACCAAGAAAGGCCGGCACCUAUCAAGACACUAAGAACGCAGACAAAUCCAAAUAUUGUGCCUUCCACCAGAAGCACAGCCAUACCACUGAUGACUGUGUAAUAGCAAAGGACCUCUUGGAACGCUUAGCUCGGCAAGACCACCUCGAUAAGUACAUCGGAAGUCACAUCCAAAAACGUUCCACACCUUCCAGGAACGAAGACUCAUCUGAACAACAAUACCGAGGAAAAGAGAAGGUAUCAGCGAACAAUUACGAAAAGCCACGAGGAAUCAUCAACUAUAUUUCAGGAGGAUACGCGAGUGGAGGCUCCUCAAACUCGGCAAGAAAAAGGUCAUUCCGAUCAAUAUGCUCGUUAGAAGGCCCACAAAGUGAAACAGAAAAUCCAACACAACUGCCGCAACUCACAUUCACACAAGCAGACUACAACUCUAGUAUACAGAACUUGGAUGACCCCGUAGUUAUAACUCUUCAGUUGGGAGACCUACUGGUCAAAAAAGUACUGCUAGAUCCUGGAAGUAGUGCCGACGUCUUAUUCUACUCAACAUUUCAAAAAAUGAAGCUCAGUAACAACAUCCUCCAGUCAACAGGGGGAGAUCUGGUCGGUUUCUCCGGCGAACGCGUCCCAAUAAUAGGAUCAGUGUGGUUACAAACCACACUGGGUGAGCAUCCUCUUUCAAAAACUUGUGAUAUACAAUAUUUAGUUGUAGAUUGCUUUAGUCCAUAUAAUAUUAUCCUUGGCCGACCUUUCUUAAACAAGUUCGGCGCCAUUGUUUCUACAGUUCACCUGUGUGUUAAGUUCCCUUUACAGGACGAUCAUGUUGUCACAAUUCAUGGAGAUCAUAAGGAAGCUCGGCACUGUUACAACAUCGACAUGAAAUUCCACAAUAAUUCAAAACAACAAGUUAACAAUGUCGAUCUCACACACACUAGCUCGGCAUUAGCCGACUUAGACCCAAGAGCCGACUUCCGGGAAAGGCCAACUUCGUCCGACGACUUACAGAAGGUAUAUUUCAACAAUGACCCUAACAAGUUCACUUUUGUAGGUAACUCAAUAAGCAAGGAGGAGCUAAACACCAUCACCACCUUCUUACAAGAUCAAGCCGACCUUUUUGCAUGA